CACCUCGGUAAGUGCAUCAAGCAUGUGGUGAGAAAUCUUUGCAUUGUGAGUGUGUGUUUUUGGGGGGAGUUACAGAAGAAGUACUUAACUCGUCUUUGCAUCCUGUUGUGAAAGUCCAACGGCGUGUGUGGUGUUGUGUGUGCGUGCUGUUUGUCUGCGAGGUGUGUUUGCAGUCAGAGCGAGCUCAAGUAUGAAGAGGGGCAAGAAGGCAGAGGAGGCGGCCGCGGACGGGGAGAACGACACAGGCUCCGCUUCGGCAAAGAAAACCAAGAAGGCUAAGGAACCCGAGGCCCCGAUAAUGUACGAAGAUCCUCCUGACAAAAUGACCAGCAAAGACGGACGCGACGCCAACAUGAAGAUCACCUCCUGGAACGUUGACGGCCUGAGGGCCUGGGUGAAAAAGAAUGGUCUGGAUUGGGUGCGUGAGGAGGCUCCAGAUGUUUUGUGCCUGCAGGAGACAAAGUGUUCAGAGAAAGCCCUCCCUGCGGAAAUCACCUCGAUGCCAGAGUACCCACACAAGUACUGGGCUGCGUCAGAUGAGAAGCAGGGUUACAGUGGUGUGGCUAUGCUGUGCAAGACUGAACCCCUCAAAGUCACCUAUGGCAUUGGCAAAGAAGAGCAUGACAAGGAGGGCCGUGUCAUCACUGCCGAGUUCCCCAACUUCUACCUGGUGACCACCUACGUGCCAAACUCCAGCAAAGGCCUGGUGCGCCUUGAUUACCGCAAAACCUGGGACGAGGACUUCCGGGCGUACCUGAGCGAGCUGGACAUGCAGAAGCCCCUGGUGCUGUGUGGCGACCUCAACGUCGCACACCAGGAGAUCGACCUGAAGAACCCCAAGGGGAAUAAGAAAAACGCUGGCUUCACCGUUGAGGAGCGCGAGGGCUUUGGCCAGCUGCUGGAGUCGGGCUUCGCCGACAGCUUCCGCGAGCUCUACCCGGAGCAGGCCAACGCCUACACCUUCUGGACCUACAUGAUGAACUCCCGCGGAAAGAACGUGGGCUGGAGGCUCGAUUACUUCCUGCUGUCGUCCAGCCUGCUGCCAGGCCUGUGCGACAGCAAGAUCCGCAGCAAGGCCCUGGGAAGUGACCACUGCCCCAUCACUCUGCACAUAGCCGUGUAGGUCACCGUCUGAGCAGGGCUACUGCUUUACACAGCCCUCAAUGUUUUCGUAAUGCUACCUUUUCCAGCUCAGCAGAAGCGUAGUUUGUCUCGUAUUUUGAACUUUUUCAGUUUUCAGAUGAAACUUCCAUUAAAUGACUGCACAAUUCAUAAUGCCCGUGUAUCCUCUUUAUACAAUUGAAGUUUGUCAGUAAACCCAGUGGUGUAUGCCCCAUCUCAGUUAUUCUCCAAAUAUGUCCAUCCAGGUUUUUCAACAAUGACCUGUGACUGGCUGUGGAACUGUGUCGCAGUUGUCUGUACUACUGCUGAUCUGAGGAAAGCCUCCAUGCCACAGAGCCUGCAGUAUGUGUUUGUGUUACUGUCUGAAUUCAAAAUCACUGCCGAUAAGAAAAUGUAACCUGUUCUAGCACAAAUGUGUUUUAAGUCUCUUUUUCCAAAGCAGUGUCAAGUUUUCUGUUGUAGAACAUGCCCACAAUAAAGACUGAACUUAUGUACCCUA